UCCCGACAGGCAUUUAAAAGUAAGACGGAGAGUCUUUCAACUUUGUCAAAACUUUCUUUUCAUUCGUGGCAAUUUAAUACUGUUUCCGCCGUGCAAGCAAUGCUGUUCUCUUUAAUUACUGUCGCAGCCGCUGGACUUACUGUCGUUUUGACCGUACAGAAGCUUUUUUAUCCAUACUUUUGGGAUGAUUUGAUUUAUUACAUGAAGCUCCAAAGAGUCAAACGAAUGAUGAAGUUAAGGAUGCGACACGGAGUCAUAACUUUACUGGACUGCUUUGUACAACAGGCAAAGAAAAUCCCUAAUAAGCCCUUCAUAAUCCAUGAAGGCGAUGUUUACACCUAUCAAGAUAUGGACAAAAGGAGCAAUAAAGUGGCCCAGGUAUUUCUUAAGCAGGGUUCUUUGAAGAAAGGGGACAUCGUGGCUCUGCUGAUGACCAAUGAACCAGAUUUUAUUUCUGUCUGGUUCGGACUCAGCAAACUAGGCUGUGAAGUGGCGUUUCUCAACUUUAACAUUAAAUCCAAUUCUCUGCUACAUUGUUUCAACAGCUGCGGGGCUACAACCCUUGUCGUUGGCGCAGAUUUGAUCAGUUCACUAGAAGAUGUACUGCUAACACUGCAGAAUAAUGGGAUCAAUAUUUGGUUGAUGGAAAAAAGCUCUGCUUUCCAAAGAGUUAAUACAAUUCUUGACAAGCUAGAACAUGCAUCAGAUGAUCCUGUACCGUUGGAUGUUAGCUCUCAAACCAACAUUAUGUCAACCUUCCUUUAUAUCUUUACUUCUGGAACCACAGGUCUUCCGAAAGCAGCUCGUAUAAGCCAUCUCAAAGCUAUGAUGUGCUUAUGUUUCUUCCAGAUGUGUGGAGCUACUUCUGAUGACAUUAUCUAUAUCACUCUUCCUCUUUAUCACAUGUCGGCUUCCCUGUUAGGAAUCGGGGGGUGCAUUGAACUAGGCGCUGCAUGUGUCUUAAAGAAGAAAUUCUCAGCAAGUCAAUUCUGGAAUGACUGUCGCAAACAUAACGUUACAGUUUUCCAGUAUAUUGGGGAACUUUGCCGGUAUCUGGUGAAUCAGCCAAAGGUUGCAGGGGAAAUGGAUCACAAGGUGCGCAUUGCUGCAGGAAGUGGCCUAAGGCCAGAUGUUUGGAAGGAUUUUCAUGACCGCUUCGGAAAAAUAAAAGUUGUUGAGUCUUAUGGUUUAACAGAAGCAAGCAUUGGUUUCAUGAACUACACUGACAAAACUGGUCCAAUUGGGCGUGCAGGUUUCUUCAACAAGUGCAUUAUCCCCUUUGAUUUUGUGAAAUAUGAUAUUCAAAAGGCAGAACCAGUCAGAUCUGAUCAGGGAUACUGUGUGAAAAUCAAAAAAGGUGAAACUGGUCUACUGAUAGCCCCUGUAACUUCAAUGAACCCGUUCCUAGGAUAUGCUGGGAAUAAGGAACUGUCUGAGAAGAAGCUACUGAGGAAUGUCUUUGUAAAAGGAGAUGUGUUUUUUAACACUGGUGACUUCAUGAUGCAAGACCGUGAUGACUUUGUGUACUUCCGUGACAGAACAGGGGAUACGUUUAGAUGGAAAGGAGAAAAUGUUGCAACAACAGAAGUGGCUGAUAUUCUUGGUGUCCUGGAAUUUCUGCAGGAAGUGAAUGUAUAUGGAGUUUCUGUACCCGGACAUGAAGGAAAGGCAGGGAUGGCAGCUGUUGUACUCAAACCGGAACACAAACUGGAUGGAAGGCGGCUUUACAGUCAUCUAGUAGAACAUUUGCCUGCAUAUUCCUGGCCUCGAUUUGUAAGAGUCCAGGCCUCCCUGGAUGUGACUGAAACCUUUAAGCAGCAAAAAGGGAGAUUGGUGAAGGAGGGCUUCAGUCCUUCAGCUGUCAGUGAGGCUCUCUACUUCUUGGAUGAGUCUGAAAAAACCUACGUCCCCCUCACCAAAAAUCUAUUUGAUGACAUUGUGUCUGGCCAGAUAAGACUGUGAGGCAUUCUCACAUGUUGACCUAUAUAAAACAGUGUCAUAUAUUUAAUCUAUAUUGCUUUAAAACCAGGACCUUUGGCUGAGUUCACAGACUUCCCUUAAUGUUUUGUGUAGCUCUCUCAAAUAUUCCAAGAACCCACAUUCUGCCCAACCAUUAUGUCUCACGACAGGUCGCUGGUAUGGUCCUGUAUCUUUUCAAGGCAAACGCCCACAUGCCUCUAAAGUACUUUUACAUAGCUACAAUGGCCAAUCAGACAAUUGAGUCUAUGCAGUUGAUCUAAACAAUGGUGGCUCUUAGUACUGCUAUUGAGUUUCCUUAGUGUUUUUCACCUUUCAACUAUUUCUCCAGAUUCACAUUCCCGUAAAUAUUCCUGAUCUCUCCCGUCUCCAAGAUCAACAUUUAAUAUGUUUUGGCCUAUCUUGAAUUGGCAGGCAGUCAGUAACUCCUUACUUAACAAAGAACAGAUUAAUGUUCUCCGACAUUACAUGUAUAAAAAGUGUUAGGCAGUUAACAUGAUUAUUAUAAGUAUGUUUAAAUGCUACAAUUGUUAAAAGUACUAGAUGUUACAAACUGCAUUCUGUUAUUAACUAUUACUACCAUAUAUGCUUGAUAUUGCACCCAGUCUCGACUGUCCAUAUUCAUAUUAGUGCCCAGUUUUACUGGCCAAGGGUUAAUAAGCACCUAUGCUCUCCAAAGAGCCCCCCUCAUCUCAGUGAUUUUUUUCAAUGUCUUAAAAUAUUAUGUUAUUACACAAUUAAAUUAAUAAAGUAGUAUUGGCAUAUAUUUUGUUUAGUGUUGAUUUGUAAUAAAAUAACAUUUUAAAAAGUAUUUUGCCAUGUCAAAUCAAGCCCGCAAGCAACCUUGUCUUCUACUGUAUGUAAAAAAAAAAAAAAAAGGCCUAUGUUUCAGCUUUUCCUUUUUCUGGUGAAAGCAACAGGUGCUCGAGGGUUUAAGCUCAAAGGAAAGAGUGUUUGGGGAAUUAAGUAACCCCCGCUUUAUAUGAUAGCAUUUGUACAAACAUAAGCAAACUGUUAGUUAUUUCAUGACACAGCGUUACGAAAAGUUUUCUAUUCAAUACUGCUAUUCCCUCACUUCCACUUGGUUUGCAGCUCACAGACAAGCUUCCGGCAGUGUCCUCCAUUUGACCAUUACGACAGUGUGUUACUUUAACCAUGUCUACUAAUACCUACUUUAUUUCAAAUGCCUAAAAACUUUGAAAGUAUGUAAAAAAAAAGCUUUUGGGUGAAAAUCAAUUUAAACAAUCGACUUAUCUGAACAAGAGCAAGGAGCAAGUCAUCUCCUCUUGUCUUCAUAGUUCUCCUGCAACUUGUGUUACAAUUACUGAGACAUUUUUAGGCCGGUAACGAUUGUUGAAAUGUUACACGGCUGCACUAUGACUAAUAAGUUAUGUUAUAGCACAUAAAUACUUGACAUACAGUGGUUUUUAAUAACUAAACAGUUUAUCUAGAAUCCCACACUGCAGUUUUAGUCACUGAAAUGUACUAACAAGUUGCAUUUAAUAGCAGAUACAUAUAAGCUCAUUCUGUGUAUUCCUGUUCUGGAUACUAUACUUUAAAUCAAUAUUAUAAAUCUAUAUUUACAGACUGUUGUAGCCUGUUAAAAAUUAAAAAUUGACAGCAGUUAAUGGUAUUAAGAUCAAAUGUAAACCAUGCGACUGAGGCUUUCCUCAGCCCCUGGAUAAAGCGUUUAACUUUAGGAAUUACAAUACUGCUGUAGGAUUCUUUGAAUAUAUUAGAAUAUUCUCUGCGUCGAUGGUUCCAAAGUGACAAAUUAGCACCUACUCUCAAAUAGAUGCUCUUAUCCAAAUAACUGCCCAGGUAAGGAGAACAUUGAUCAAAUAAGUGCCCAGGUGCAAUAUCAAGCAUAUACGAUAUAAUAAUAAUAAUAAUAAUAAUAAUAAUAAUAAUAAUAAUACAGAAAGUUACUAAGAGUCCUGUUUAAAAUAGCUUCAAUGAAUGUGGAUCUAGAAAGCCAUAAGGAUGGGGUCGGCAGGUUUCACAUCUACAAUUACUUGCUUAUGACAGUAUCCUGUUUGUUUUUGUGGAUUUUAAUCUUUAAUUGCUUACAAAUUACUGUAUAUUUUAAAGCUGAAUUAGUAAGAUCCUUUUAGGGGACUAAUGGUAAAGUAGGGGUGUCACAAUAAGCAUGAUUUCAUUUCACUGGUGUACCUUGUUCUCACAAAUCAUUCUUUUGUAACAGGUUGAUUUAAUAAGGAAUUCUUGUGCAUGGUGUUUACAGUUAUUUUAUAUGAAAUAUAGUUUUCAUAUCUAUUAAUGUAAAGUCAUAGAUAUUAUAUUUAGUAUAGCUGGCAGAAACAUAAAUGAAGCAAAAUAGAAUAUAACAUCUAUAUAUAUCAAAAGCAAAUUAUAGUGAUUUUACUGCAACUUUAAAAUAAAGGGAGUUUAAGAAAUAUAUAAAAGAUUGUUGCACUUAAGUGAAGUUCAACUACAAUCAUUAUAAUCAGUCUAAGGAUAAUUCUGGGCUCAUCAUUAACUUACAGACAAUGUGGUAUUCAAAUUCAUAAAGUUGGAUGAUGAACUGCUGAACAAUCAAUGACAUUUGUUGUAAAGCAUUGCACCCCGGGUUUUCAACUUGGUAUAUGGGUUCAUAUUUGGACACAUGGUUAAUAAUAAACACUGUUAUGGUAUUUUUAAAUACUGUUUUGAUUUCUAUAAACUUUUAGUAAAACGAAAGAUUUGGGUUUAGUAAAUGUUUCUUAUGAAAAUUGUUAUAUGAAUUCUGAAAAAAAUAAAAUCAAUUCAAAGGCUGUUUAAUUGUUGACUGUAUAAUAAAACAACCACUAGAUGGUACUAUAGUUACAACAUUCUUCAAAAAUAACAGGAGAUAUUUCUCUAAUGGAGGGAGGGGGAGGGGCUACUGUAUGUACUCAAUGUAGGGAUUCCUUCCCAUAUAUUGCUUAUUCAGACAAUGCCUUUUAUUAUGAUGCAUGUUUCAAAUUGGAAAAGCAUUGCCUUAGACCAAACACUACAGGAACCUCAGGGAGUUCAGUACAGUAGCCACUUGCAUUCUACUAGAGCCAGGGAACCUGCAGAUUAAGGCAAAGGCUGUGCAAAGACAACAUUUUAUUUCAUGAGGUCUGGUCAGUACAACUGUAAUGUCCACAUUAGUAAUUAACAGCUUUUAAUUGUUUGAUGAAUAGCGCAAAAAUUAUGUUAUACUCUCACAAUUGUACACAAUUUCUAGAAAUAGGAUUUGGAAGUGUUUUUGCCAUUUUUGAAAAAUUAUUUUGUAGCAUUUUAGUCAGGAGUUUUUAUAUUGUACUUGAUAUGGGUUGGGUCUUAUUACCUACAUUGUUUUUUUUAGCAAAACACUACUUUGUAUGUCAGUGCCAUGUAUUAUAUCACAACGUUGCACCGAAUUAAUGUUAUUAUUGUCUUAUUUUAUA